AUGGGAGAGAACAGUGGAGAGAACAGUACUAGUGUUGUUAGGGCUUUGGGAAGCGCUAGUGAUGGUGAUGGUAGUGUGGAGGAAUUAGAUCAUAUUGAUGAUCAAGAGGUUCUGAUGAAGAGGAUGAUUUCGGGACAUCCUUUGUUUGAGCUGUUGAUUGAGACACAUAUCAACUGUUUGAAGGUGGGAUUAGGUGAGAUUGACGAACUUGUCACGGAAACUUCAUUAUUAGACGAAGAUAAUAACAGCAAGUUCAUCAAUGCUGGCUCUACAAUUCCCACUUCUACUGAGCUGGAUAAAUUUAUGGAUGCAUAUUGCAUGGCCCUGAACAAGCUUAGAGAAGCCAUGGAGGAACCUCUUAGAGACGCAACAUCAUUCAUAACCAACAUGUAUGCUCAACUUAGCGAUCUCCGUGUUUCAGAAAAUGCAGAACUAGAAGAUGUUCAAACUUUAGUUUUUAGCGACAAAGAUUACGAAGAUGUUCAGAAUUCGGUCGCGAGAAAACUUUCUGCGACCAAGCUGUAG